AUGAAGCUCGCAAUCCUAGCAGCCUUAUCGACUCUCGCAUGCGCAGCUUCCCAAAGCUAUUCCGUUGGCGGCCUCUCAUACGGCGACCAGUUCACAGUCGCCUGUCGCGCCAAAGUAGCCCCAACCCUCUACAGACCCAAAAAGAACCCCAACGUGUUGGCCCUCGUUCCAAAGCCUCCCGGGACGUUCCUCGGUUCCGUCCGCAAGGCCCCGACGGCGGAUAGCUUUGAGGCCAAGAAGAUCUCCUUUGCAUGCGUGACGGACCAGAAAGGCAAGACGGUGCCUGUUGACUGUACUGUCCUGUUCGAGGGCGCGCAGAACAACGACCUGGGGAUUCCGAAGGUCCAGACGGCGAAAUACGCGAGCACGCCCCGGUUGCAGAGAGUGGAUUUUGAGGGGUUUACGGACCUAAGGACGGUGGGAUUUACUGUCUUCAAGGCUGGGGAGGAUGAUAAGUUGAGUCAGGAUGUUACGUUGAUUUUGGAUAACUUUGGGUAUGUUGUCAACUCGAAGUAG